GUUCCCGUGUCCUUCGUCCUCAGCCAAUAUGGCAGUUCGAAACCGUUGUCGAGGCUUCAACCCUCAAGCCGUCCUCUCUUUAUGUUUCUUGCUCAUUGUUUCCUCGCUCUCUCUAGCUGAUGCUGCACAGAACUCCUCGCAUGCUGCUGGAAGCACUACUCCACCUACCAGUGCUUCACCUACAUCACGGACCUCCGUUUCAUCUGCUCAUGGGUCAUCUAGUCCCGCGAAGUCUUCGGGCUCUACCCUCUCGGCCCAACCCUCUGCUGUGCCUCUGAAACCGGGACAGCUCCCAAACAGCUUUCCGCAUAACUACACUGAGAUCCCUGCAGGCGAUUUCAGCCCUGAAUGGCAAGAAUUCUUCCUUGUAACUCAAGGUCUACCGAACAUAACAUUUCCUUUGCCGCAUAAUUAUGCUGGCAACAUCCCCGUCUCCAGACCUAAUAACACGCAUCCGAACAACACCUUGUUCUUUUGGGGUGCAGAAUCGACACAGGGCUCGUUGACAGCACAAAGCGGACAGCUCCAAUUGCUGCCUUGGAUGAUAUGGCUAGGCGGCGGUGGCGGACCGGGAUCGUCGAGCUUGUUCACGUCAAUGACUGCGAACGGCCCUAUGCUUCUCCAUAAUGAUUUUACUAUCACACAAAAUCAAUUCGGGUUUAGUGGGCUCAUGGACAUGUUCUGGGUUGAUCAACCAGUGGGUACUGGUUUCUCGACUGUUGACUCGGAUGGCUAUGUCAAAGACGAGAACCAAGUGGCGUCUGACUUUAUCGGGUUUCUCAGUAACUUAGUCAAGGUAUUCCCUAGUCUUGCAAGCAGGCCUUUCAUUCUUGCAGGCGAGGAUUACGCUGGGAUUUUCAUCCCCUAUAUCGCCAAUGCUCUCUUUGCUUCCUCUUCACCUCCUGUUCAACUCCACAAGAUUGUCAUCGGAAACGGUCUCAUAGGCGGAUUCGACGUAUUCCCCAAUCUGGCUACCGUUAGUAUCCUCGAGUCAUUCCCGCAACUGAUCAAGUUUGAUCAGAACGUCUUCAAAUCUUUCCAAGCACAAGCACAUCUUUGCGGGUUCGAUUUGAAUCUUACUUAUCCUCAAACAGAACCCCUACCUUCCUUUUCGCCUACAGCGCAUCCUUCCCCAUUCUGGUCAUUUGCGCCCAAUGAAGCUCCGUCUGCCCUUGACAGACGGGAGAUUUUAAAAUCGAUACUUGACAGGCGACAUUUUGAUGGCUCAUACUCAUCUGGUCGGCCAACGAGUCGUGCUCUCCAGUCACGUCAGAGCUCUGAACUCCCGGGCACGGUCACUCCUUCGUAUGGAUGCGCGCUCUUUGAUGAGAUGAUCGACUAUGCCGCGAACUUCUCGUUCCCGUGGACUCCUGGGAAUUUUGACCUAUAUGACAUUCCCAAUGUUGUCUCGCCUCAAGCUUCCCUUGACGCAGGCGUUUACUUCAACUCUAUCCAAGUUCGCGGUGCCCUUCAUGCGCCCCUCAGCAAAAACUGGUCCUCAGUCCCUACAUACCCAUUUGGUUCGACAACGAAGUUUUCUUCGACGACGAACAUAUAUGGAGAUCCCAGCCCUGCGCCUGCAUCUUUUUUCAAUGACUUCAUCUCGAUGGCCGAGUCCAAGGGCGUUGGCCUCGUCUUUUAUUCUGGUGCUAACAAUGCGAUCGCGAAUCACCGUGCGCUCGAAAUCCUCAUUCAAAACGCAACCUUCGGGGGAACACGAGGCUUCACACGCAAACCUUCUACCCCCUGGAACGACGACAGCGGUGACAUUGCCGGGAUAGUCCACCAAGAACGUGGAAUUGUAUACGCGUUGUUCGACAACGUAGGGCACCUGAUUCCGCACUGGAAACCCAAUGCCGCAUACGUCUUCUAUCGCGACUUCGUCCUGAAUGCGAACGGCACCGGCUCCAUCACAGUCGAUUCCAACAACAACCUCGCCGUCCUAGGAGGUGAAGAUCCCACCCGUGCUGACGACGCGCCAAGGAUCGCAACGGCACUCUAUCUCGGGUCUGCUACUACCGCAUCUACAUUGUUUGCGCCGGCUGCGACGGUGCAGGCAUGGAGCACCUUCUUGGGGAACUUCGAUGCUGUGUCAGUCCAAAAUGACGGGGUAAACGCUGCUCCUUCUCUUUGGGUGGCUGGGAUGCUGGGCGCUGCAAGCUUGACUAUUGUAUGGCUUCUGGUGGCAUGAGCAACUGCAGUUGAAGCAUAAUAGAACAUGUAUUGUGUCGCUUUCGAAUUCAGUUCGGUCAAGAAGUUCGCUACGCCCUGAC